AUGUCUGCGGCGGAGGUUGACCUCGACCAGCUCUCGGAGAGCGAGAGAUUGGUGUUGGAGCAGUACACAGGUGUAACGGGACAAGACCCAGCAGAAGCCAUCCCUCUGCUGCGCCGGUCACAAUGGAAUGUUCAGAUUGCCAUCUCCAAGUUCUUCGAUGGGGAAGGGCCCGACCCGCUCGAGGAAGCUCGAGCAGCCAUGUCUCAACCUGAGCAACCUUAUCAGCCAGGGCCUGGGAUCAAUCUGAUGAACGAAGAUCUACUCCAACAGACCCGGCCUGUUAACCGUGCCUCAGACCCUGCCCCGCGAGUCGAUACGCAACCCGAAAACCAACCUGUAUAUCGACCACCCUUUAUCCUUGCCCUGCUCUUCACCCCCUUCAACCUUGUCUACCGAAUCCUCCUCAACUCCUUCCGUCUCUUUGGAACCCUGUUUCCCUUCCUCCCACGUCUAUUCCACGCGACUGCCAGCCCGGCUCUUCAUGGAGCUCGACAAAAUACCACGGGCCGCCGACCACUGGCACCUAAAGAUACUGCAGCUCGGUUUAUCCGGGAGUUUGAGGAAGAGUACGGGUCAAAUCCUCUCUCAUUCCUUGAGAAUGGUUACAACAUGGCCCUGGAGAGAGCGCAUCGCGAAUUGAAGUUCCUACUGGUGGUCCUUCUAUCACCCGAACACGAUGAUACGCACAGCUGGGUGCGCGAGACCCUACUAUCGCCGGACGUGGUGGAGUUUAUCAACCCUCCUAACGGCAAUGGCGACGUGAUCGUCUGGGGUGGCAAUGUGCGGGACUCGGAAGCUUAUCAAGUCGCCAAUUCACUACGAGUCACCAAGUUCCCCUUUGCAGCGGUGAUCUGUCACACCCCAAACGCAUCCUCGACUGCCAUGUCGGUGGUAGCCCGAAUUGCUGGACCUCUUCCAGCAUCUGAAUUCAAGCAGCGACUGACGACUGCCGUGACCACGAACCAAGGGCCCCUUUCGCAGAUCCGCCAGGACCGCAACCAACAACAGGCCUCCCGCAGCCUGCGCGAAGAGCAAGACUCAGCUUACGAGCGAUCACUCGCGAUUGAUCGUGAACGUACGCGUCUUCGCCGGGAAGCAGAAGCAGCCCGUCACCGGGAGGAGCAAGAGGCAGCGGAGCGCCAAGCUGCCGAAGAGAAGCGACAGCUGGAUCUGGCCCAAUGGAAGCUCUGGCGGGUGCAGUCACUUGGCACCGAGCCUGGGACGGAGGUCAAAGAUACGGUGCGAAUCAGUGUACGACUGCCUUCCGGCGAGCGCAUCAUGCGUCGGUUUGCACCCCAGGCCGAUAUUGAGGAAUUGUACGCGGUGGUAGAGUGCUACGAAGUCUUGCAGGAUGAGUCUCGAUCUACCGACGUGGAGAAGCCGGAAGGGUUCGAGCACCAGUACGGAUUCCGACUGGUGUCUCCUAUGCCCCGGGCUGUCUAUGCCGUGGAAGAUGGCGGGACGAUCCGCGAGAAGAUCGGCCGGGGUGGGAAUCUACUGGUGGAGCCCAUUGAGGAAGACGAUGACGAAGAUGAAGAAGAGUCAGUCGACAACUCGGGCUGA